CGAUCGACUGUGCAUGGUUACCGUCAGCCUUUCUUGGUCAGGUUCAGGCCCAUAGAUCUUGCCUGGGUCGUCGUCUCCAUCCAUCACCCUGGAUUCCAGCCCAAAUCAACCCCACGGCGGAGAAGAUAACAACAUAAUAAGCCGCGCUGGUCAUCCUCUAUCAGAAGCACGCAACUUUAUUCGUACCUUGCAGUGCUUUCGACCCUUUCGACCUUCUUUUCGACAGCCCUCCACCAGCUGAUCGUUUGCCCGCUUUGGUUUUUUUGCCUUUUUCUUCCUUGCCGCCGCUCCUCCCCCAACGCCCCGUUUCGAUCUGUUUUCUUGGCACCAUCGCAACCAUGUCGGGCUUCAUGGCCAAUCUGUUCCCCGGAGGGACCAGAGACACCCACGCCGCGUCGCGACCGGAGACGCCCACGAGAAACAGCUUCGUCAACCCAUCCAGCACGCCUCAGGGCAGUCCUAGCAAGAGAACACUCCCCCCUGGAGCUCACGAACUGCCUGACGCAUUUGACAACGCCCUCAAGCUGAGCACGCCUGUUCUCGAACGGCCCAGACUCGAUCGCCCGCUGAGUGUCAUCACCACCCCCCAGUCCACCGGAAGGGGCAACGAAAACAGCCCGAAUGUAGAUGAGAGCGUGUUGCACAAGGGAGCCAUCUCCACCGGCAGUCCCUUGAAAAAGUCCCACGGACAGGAAAACACUCCUCCCAUUCCACGUCUUGGGGGCAACGACUCUCCUUACCAGCAAAGCCACGCCGCCAUCUCUCGCCACGAGUUGUACCAACCCAAAGAGAAGGCUGUGACCCCUAGGAACAAGUUCAAUACCCAGAGAGCACUGACCCCCGAAGAGCUGGAGAUCCUUCAGCGCCCCAAUGUCCGAAGACUGGUCAACGUGACUCAGCUCUACUUUCUUGACUAUUACUUCGACCUCCUGACGUAUGUCGGCUCCAGACAGAACCGCCUGACUGCGUUCCAGUCGGAAAUUCCGCCUCCGCCCGAGACGGAUGAGGCGACGUACAAUCAGAUGUGGCAGAAGUACAAGGGCCGAGAGCGCGCCAAUCUAAGAAAGAGACGCGUUAGGCUUCGGCAGGGUGAUUUCCAGAUACUGACGCAGGUCGGACAGGGAGGUUACGGCCAGGUCUUCCUUGCCCAGAAGAAGGACACACGCGAGGUUUGCGCCCUGAAGGUGAUGAGCAAGAAACUGCUCUUCAAACUGGACGAGGUCCGCCACGUCCUGACAGAGCGUGACAUCCUCACCACCGCCAAGAGUGAUUGGUUGGUCCGUCUGCUUUACUCUUUUCAGGAUGACAAGAGUAUCUAUCUUGCCAUGGAGUAUGUGCCGGGUGGAGAUUUCCGCACCCUGUUGAAUAACACUGGUGUCUUGAGCAACCGUCAUGCGCGAUUCUACAUCGCCGAGAUGUUCUGCUCCGUUGAUGCCCUUCAUCAGCUAGGCUACAUCCACAGAGACUUAAAGCCGGAGAACUUCCUUGUUGACUCAACCGGACACGUCAAGCUCACUGACUUCGGUUUGGCUGCCGGCAUGCUCGCUCCAGCCAAGAUCGAGUCGAUGCGAGUACGCCUCGAGAAGGCUUCCGAGACAUCGGUGCCGUUCGGAAAGCCGAUGGACAAGCGAACAGUGGCAGAGCGACGCGAGGGAUACCAGACGAUGCGAGCAAAGGACAUGAACUACGCCAAGUCCAUCGUCGGCUCACCUGACUAUAUGGCGCCCGAGGUUCUUCGAGGAGACGAGUACGACUACACGGUAGAUUAUUGGAGUUUGGGUUGCAUGCUGUUCGAGGCACUAACGGGAUUCCCUCCCUUUGCGGGCUCAACUCCUGACGAGACGUGGAGGAACUUGAAGCACUGGAGAGAGGUUCUGAAGCGGCCCGUCUGGGAGGACCCUAACUACUUCCUAAGCAACCGCACAUGGAACUUCAUCACGACUUGCAUCAACUCCCGGUCCAAGCGCUUCUCAAACAUCAAGGAGAUCUUCGACCACCACUACUUCGCUGAGGUUGACUGGGACACCUUGCGUAGCACCAAGGCUCCAUUUGUGCCCGAGCUCGAUUCGGAGACCGACGCAGGAUACUUUGAUGACUUCACCAACGAGGCCGACAUGGCCAAGUACAAGGAGGUCCAUGACAAGCAGCAGGCAUUGGAGACCAUGGCGGAUCGUGAUGACGAAAUGGGCAAGAGUCUCUUUGUCGGCUUCACGUUCCGGCACCGCAAGACUACGGACGACGCCAGUCCGCGCAAGCCGAUACCGUUCAAGGAGGAGGAGGACACCUUUGGCACGAUGCUGUAGGGCAAGCCCGUGUGGCAAAGAACCCAAUGGCAGUGGUUUCCUCAGCGGUGCUAGCGCUGAGCCUGGAGUCGAAAGAUUCUGUUCAUGAUGAUGAUGAGUUAGACGUCAUGGGAAGGGGGAAAUAGGCUGUGUUGGGAACGAUGGACUACUUGUAUGAGCUUGGGGCUGGACUACCCUACUGCAACGGCAUGUUUGAGAUGAGAUUUCGGGCUUUCUUUUUGCGUUGGAGUUUGUAACAGGACAGGACGGGACUGGGAUGACAGGCCUGCUGCACAGCAUCAAGCAAGCAGGGUCCUUUCGGCAGGGAUUAAUAUUAGUGAUGGGGGCGUUGCAGACAGCCGGCCAUCCAACACACGUGGAACAAGAAACAAUAGACGCGCAUUC